AUGCCCCCCUCUCUCUCUCUCUCUCUCUCUUCCUCUCUCCCUCACUCUCUCCCUCUCUCUCUCCCUCACUCUCUCACUCUCUCUCUCCCUCUCUCUCACUCUAUCUCUCCCCCCUCUCUCUCACUCUCUCUCAAAAAUAUUUUUUACACUGUAGACUUCCCUCCUCCUUUUUUCUUUACCUCUUGCUUUCUUUCUUUUACUUUUUUCCAUUCCUAUUCUCUUUUUCACUCUCCUUUUUCUUCUUUAUCUUUCUUUUCUUCAUGCUGUUUUAGCUUCUUCUUUCUCUUCUUCUUUCUCUUCUUCUUUCUCUUCUUCUUUCUCUUUCUCUUCUUUCUUUUCUUCUUUCUCUUUCUUUUCUUCAUUCUGUUUUCUCUUCUUUCUCUUCUUCUUUCUCUUUCUCUUCUUCUUUCUCUUCUUUCUCUUUCUUCUUUUUCUUUUCUUCUUCUUUUUCCUUCUUCUUUCUUUCUUCUUUCUCUUCUUCUUUCUCUUUCUCUUCUUCUUUCUCUUCUUCUUUCUCUUUCUCUUCUUUCUCUUCUUUCUCUCUCUCUUCUUCUUUCUCUUCUUCUUUCUCUUUCUUUUCUUCUUUCUUUUCUUCUUUCUCUUUCUUUUCUUCAUUCUGUUUUCUCUUCUUUCUCUUCUUCUUUCUCUUUCUCUUCUUCUUUCUCUUCUUCUUUCUCUUUCUCUUCUUCUUUCUCUUUCCCUUCUUCUUUCUCUUUCCCUUCUUCUUUCUCUUCUUCUUUCUCUUCUUCUUUCUCUUUCUCUUCUUCUUUCUCUUCUUCUUUCUCUUCUUUUCUUUUUUUCUUUCUUCUUUUCUUCUUUCUCUUCUUCUUUCUCUUUCUCGUCUUCUUUCUUUUAUUCUUUCUCUUUCUUUUCUUCUUUCUUUUCUUCUUACUCUUUCUCUUCUUCUUUCUCUUCUGCUUUCUCUUUCUUUUCUUCUUUCUCUUUCUUUUCUUCUUUCUCUUUCUUUUCUUCUUUCUCUUUUCUACAAUUUUUAUUUAUUUUUAUUUUCGUCUCUUCAUCUUCAUAUUUCUUUUUCUCUUCCUUUUCCCCCUCUCUCUCUCUCUCUCUCUCUCUCUCUCUCUCUCUCUCUCACUCAGUCUUUGCGCCUUGUUUUCUUUAUUUUUCUCUCUUUCUUUUCUACCUCCUUUUUUUUUCUGUUCGUCCGCCGUGUCAUUCUUUUUUUCUUCUCGUCGUCUUCUAUUUCAUUUUCUCAAUUUUCUUCGCUUUUCUUCUUUUUCUCUUUUUUUUUUGGGGGGGGUUCUCUCUUUCUUUUUAAUCUUUUCUUCUCUCUUUUUGUUAUCUUUUUCUUCACUCUGCAUUCUCCUUUCACUUGUCUUUCUUUUUCCUUUUCACCCACCCAUUCCUGUCUCUUCUCUCUUUCUUUUCGUCUACUUUUAUGCUCCCUUUCCUAACCUUUUUUCCUCCUCCUCUCUUUCCCUUUUCUCUCUAUUUCCCCUUUCUUCCUCUUCUCUCUUACCGUUCAUCUCUUUUCCUCCCUCUCUUACCUUUUAUUUCUCUUUUUCUCUUUUUUAUUUUCUCUUUUGUUCUUUUUCUCUUAUUCAAUUCUUUUUUCUACACUCAUUUUAUUUUUAUUUUAUUUUCCUCUUUCCCUCCCUCCUCAGUUUCUCUUUCUUUACUCUGUCCUUCCUUUUCUCUUUCAUCUCUUCGUUUAUGUCCCCUUUUUUUUCCAUACUUUAUCAUUAUUUUUCUUAUCUCAUCUUUUCCAUCCAUUUUUUUUCUCUUUUCUUUCUUCCACUUUUCUUUGUCUUCCACUUUUUCGAAGUCUUCCUUCUUUUUUUCUUUCCUCCUCUUCACCUUCUCUCCUUUUCUUUUCUUUUUUUUUUCAUCAUUUUCUUCCUUAUUUCCAUUUCACUCUACCUUUCUUCCUUUCUUUUUCAUUUCCCUCCUUCUUCUUCCCCAUUUUAUCUCUCCUUUUUUUUAAUUUCCCGAUGCUUUUCAUUCUUUUCCUUUCUCGCUUACUCUUCUCUUUCCACCAUUUUCUUACUCUCCUUUCUACUCUUCUCAUUUUAUUACAUUUUCUUUUUCUUUCUCUUCUUCUUCUCACCUUACUCUUCAUUCAUCUCACCUUACUCUUCUUUUCCUAUCAUUUCAGCCACACCAUUUUUAAUCUCCACUCGCGCUAAUUUUCUCACUUUUCCACCCCCUCUCAAUUCUCCCAUUCAUCUCUCUUACACUCCCUCUCUUCUGUCAUAUUUCUCUCCUCUAUUUUUACCUAUCUCCCCUUUUCCCUCCCCUUUCUCUCGCACGUUUUCUUCCCUUGUUAUUCUCUCAUUCCACUCUUUCCCUACCUCUAGUUGA